AUUUUCAUAAUCAUUAUAUCAUCAAUAUGUGCAGUCCCGCUCUUGACUCGAACCUGCACCGACGCACCCUGGGACAUCGGAGGUGGCGUUGCUAUUAAUUGUGCUACAAAACAUGAACUCUUACGUGGCGCACUCUUAUAGUUUCGGGGAAUGAGGGUUAUUCACUGCAUUGUUCUGUAUCUGCUGACCACUAAUUGACAGAUACACUCCACUAUUCUUUAGCACAUUUAAACAUUUUAGGUUUAAAGCAGAAUCUACAGAAUCUUAUUUUUUUGCAUUUGUAAUCGGGCUACGCUCAUUUUAAUAGCAUAGACAAAACUAUAAACAUUGUGGCAGGACACAAUAGGCCAGUGAAAGUUUCAUCCGCUUGGUGUAGACAAGAAUCGUUUUCUUGCGGGAGCGCGCUAUGGAUACAGGCACACGCCAACGAGGAUAACAACGCCAACCGAAAAAUACUAGUAGCAGGCUAGCCCACUCCUCCUGGCUGAACUUUGAGUGGCACGAGGUGCUUAAAAUCUGCUUGCUUUUGCGCUGCGCUACCACUUGGCGCAUCAACGGCACAGAAUUGAGCUGGCGAGCAGGUGAGAGACGCAUCUUUGGACCCAGUGCCAUUGUAUAAUCAUCUGGUCCACUGAAGUCGUGCUGUAUUGCGGCUGUUGGACAGAACAUUAUAGAAAAUGUAAGCACGGGGUUCGCCAGUCCUAUAGUCUCCAGAGUAAAGGGGUAUACCCCCCUGCGCCUCUCGCCUUUCACUGAGACAAAGGGACUGUUGGAUGGAUGGACGAUGGUGCAUCGAGCCUUAGGUGGGGUGCUUUGCGCUAGCGUUCUUAAAAGACAUCAAGCCAAACACAACAAGAAGAGUUCGCCUGGGCAUGCACCUUUUUCCCAGUGUCAAGAGCAACGUGAACGACUGAUGAUGGUGUGGCUGUGUUUUGCUCACUCCCGCUCACCGCCCUGUUUUGCCAAAAAGCACUAAAAGGAAGACUUGACAGCUAAUUGGGUACACAAACUAUUUAUUCAGAUUCCAUAUAAUUUAAAGACAAAAAAUAUACACCCUCAAAUCAGCACACCACCGAAGAUGAAAUUUCCCACGGAAAAUCCAAGAAAACCAGGGAACUGGAACCCUUCACCAGUGCCUGUGCAGACAAACCUCAUCCCGCCGAAGAAGGUCCAGCCAAGCAUGUUGCAGUCCAGCCUUGUCCAGGCCAGCGUGGCCACCAUGCAGAACCCCAUGGGCUGCUCGGCGCACCGGCAGUCGUUGUCGCGGCCGGCCAGCAUGGUGGCUAGCAUGGAGGCGGUGGCUGACGGCACGGCCACCUUCACCGUCAUGAAGUGGAAGACGGUGCUGGCCGUGUUCGUGGUGGUGGUGCUGUACCUGGUGGCGGGUGGGCUGGUGUUCCGGGCGCUGGAGCAGCCCUUCGAGAGCAACCAGAAGGACACCAUCACCAUGGAGAAGGCAGCCUUCCUGCAGAAGCACCCCUGUGUCACCUCGGCCGAGCUGGAGGCGCUCAUCAAGCACUCCAUAGAUGCUGCCAGCAGCGGUGUCAGCCCCAUCGGAGAAACACCCUACAACUACAGUCACUGGGAUUUGGGCAGCGCUUUCUUCUUUGCAGGAACAGUAAUUACAACCAUAGGCUAUGGCAAUAUCGCGCCAAGCACAGAGGGUGGGAAGAUCUUCUGUAUCCUCUAUGCAAUAUUUGGUAUCCCACUCUUCGGGUUCCUGCUUGCUGGAGUGGGUGAUCAGCUUGGGACUAUUUUCGUGAAGAGCAUAGCCAAAGUCGAAAAGAUGUUUCGGCGGAAGCAUAACCAGAUCAGCCAGACCAAGAUCCGAGUGGCCUCCACGCUGCUCUUCAUCUUGGCCGGAUGCAUCCUCUUUGUCACCAUACCGGCCAUCAUCUUCAAGCACAUAGAGGGGUGGACGACGCUUGAAGCCAUCUACUUUGUCGUCAUCACCCUGACAACUGUUGGCAUCGGCGAUUACGUGGCAGGAGGCGACUGGAAGAUCGAAUAUCGCAAAUGGUACAAGCCUCUGGUGUGGUUCUGGAUUUUGGUGGGGUUGGCUUAUUUCGCUGCGGUUCUGAGCAUGAUAGGAGACUGGCUGCGAGUCCUAUCCAAGAAGACCAAAGAAGAGGUCGGGGAAAUCAAGGCGCACGCGGUUGAGUGGAAGGCCAAUGUGCGCGCUGAGCUCCGCGAGACACGGCGGCGCCUGAGCGUGGAGGUGCACGACAAGCUGCAGCGCGCCGCCACCAUCCGCAGCAUGGAGCGCCGGCAGCUGGGCCUGGACCAGCGCGCCCACUCGCUGGACGUGUUGUCACCCGAGCGCCGUGCCGCCUUCAACAGCCUGGAUGCCAACCCCUUCAAGACGUCCUCACAGGAGAGCAUCGACAUCAAGCUCAACAACCUGCGGCUGCGCUCCGAGCUGGGAGACAACCACGCCGACCAGGCCUGCUCUGAGGACAACAUCUUCAACCGCCUAAGCUCCGUCACCAGGCUGGCCAAGCGCAACCGCAACCUCAAGAAGAACAUUCCGGACGAUGCGCGGCGCUCCUGCGAGGCUUACAGCUGCAGCAGCCCCUCAGCCAGCGAGGGCAAGAAGAACAUUCCGGACGAGGUGCGGCGCUCCUGCGAGGCUUACAGCUGCAGCAGCCCCUCAGCCAGCGAGGGCAAGAAGGAGGCCGAAGAAGAGGAGGAAGAGGAGGCUGACAAGGACUGCAACACGAGCCUGACCAACGUGUCCGUCUUCGCCGAGAGCCCAAAAGCGCAUAACGGCUUUGUCAUGCUGCAAACCAAAGAGAAGGAGAGUGAGAAGGAGGCCGCCAUGGAGGUGCACUUACAGAUGGACCCCUAGGCAAAAGAAAAGCAUUGAAAAAAAUUAUCGACCAAACGUGCCUUACACUCAUGCCGUCUCUCUGAGACGAGUUCCUGAAUCCUUGUUUGCCUGUUUCUUGAACUAUUCACUGUGCCCUGAUAACUUGAUAAAGAAAGCCAGAGCAAACUUUUUUUCGACGCAGCAAGAGACCCUGAAAGAGAGACUAGUCAUAACCAUUCAAAGAACCUGUGCAAUGCAUCGUAAGAUGGUGAGAGAGACUGCUGUGAGGAGGCAAGAAACCCUUGGAAGAAUAGCAAAUAAGAGACUGUAGCAGAUUGGAUCGCCACUUCCUUUUGAUGAUUUCCUUGUUUGGCUGGUGAUUGGACCUCCACAUCAGUGCUGAUCUGUUUCAUUGUUUUUUCUUGCUUGGUCCUCCUUGCGAAGAGAACAAAGCUGCUAUGAAUAAGCAUAAGAUGACGUCACAAAGACUGCUUGAUCCAAAACUGAAGGCUUAAGACACUUAAGACACAGCAUGUCUCUGCUUUCCCUUUGAAAGUAUCAACUGAAAGUAUCAAACGUCUUUUAAAAACCUCAACUAAGAGGAACCAACAAAGUACUAAACAGCAACAUGUAUGUGCAUGAGCUAUACUGUUGUCUACUGAACUAUGGCGUAUUAAUAUGAUAAUAUUAAUACUGCAUUAAUAUGAUAACAUUAAUACUGUAUGUCCACUACUGGUAAUAUCUCAGGGCUUGUGGUCCUACUGGUGUUGUUGAACUGUAUACUGCAUAUCAAGAGAGUUGCAUUAACACUUUGAAUCGACCGGAAGCGCUGGUUGCACACUUAACUUUCUUCAUAGGAGAGCCAUUGACAAUGGGUCGAAAGAAAAGCCAUAGUGGAAAUCUGAAGUAAAAGUAUGGUUACAUUUUAAUACAGAAAUAUGUGACACUUUGCAGAUAGGAUCAAGGAGGGUGGGGGGGGGGGAGAGGAUGUGAUUCUGCUUUUCAGAGGGGAAAUGUAUUCUGGUCUCUGACCUGAACAGACUUUCAGCUGGCAUCUCUAUGUGUGGUUAAUGUGUCCCAUAGAACAGACCCGACACCCAUCUUGUCUCAGUUGUUGGUGGCAAGCGUGCUAUUUGAAGUUGUGGAAAAUCUGUUGGCUGUAUAAGGUUUGUGUGUGUGAGUGAUAGUAUGUGUGUGUGUGUGUGUGUGUGUGUGUAUCUGUGUGUGUGUGUGUGUGUGUGUGUUUCUCUCUCUGUGUGUGAGAGAAUGUUUGAAAUAUGUGUGUUCCAUUACUCUCUUGUUAAGAGUCAAGUAGAUUGUAAAUGAACAACCCCUGAAACUAGGGUUAAUAUUGACUCCUCUACCCAUUUUAAACCCUGCACAAUCACCUUAAAGCUUUACAUGUUAUUUGUAUUCUUCUUGUUUGCAAUGAAUUGGGUGCAGCAAUAGUAUAGAAUGAAUGCAGCAAAGGAAUCUAAAUGUUCACUAUGGAAUUAAGAUAAAAAUUACUUAAAGCAUUACAAAAUAAGAGUCAUGGAAAUGAAAAAGCAUGCUAUUGUGCAAAUAUAUUAUUAUGGUCUGGUAAUGAUUGUACCGCCACAUGCUUAAAAUGAUUAGCUUUUUCUAAAUGUCCAUGUUCAAAGCUAAUUCAUUGGGGUUGCAUAUGCUCAGUAAAUGGAAGUUGUUCACAGUAUACCAUGUGCAACCAUUACGUUCAAUGUAGUGAGUGCCUUUUGGAAAUAAAUAUUACUUAAAGACGAAA